AUGGUAUCACAGGCUGGUUAUCAGCCAGGAAUGAUGAACACGGGCCAACCACCACCACAAAUGCUCCCAUCACAGGCGCACAUGGGUCAGCAGAUGAUGGGCGCGCACAUGGGUGUUGUGCAGGGUCUCAGCCAACCAGGCCAUAUGAAUGCGGGUCAGCACCAGCCAAUGCAGCAACAGCAGCAACAACAACAGCAGCAACAGCAACAGCAGCAGCAGGGAAUACCACAUCCAAAUUUUGCAAAUGGGCAAGCGCGAAGUCCUGCAGUCGGACCUGGCACACAAGCAUUAUCGCAAGGGAGUUCCGGUCGACCGCCUUCAACUGGAGGCCCCCCGUCAAACAAUCCGCAGACACCGAUAAAUGCACUUUCCACAAUCAAUCCAUCGUCACAACAGACGCACACACCAGCAACUCCACAACAAGCUCCAUCGUCCGUGCAGUCGACAACAACCCAGGACAGUGCUCCGGCGCCCGCUUCUUUACUGCCAGAUCCUGUUGCACUGGCCAAAAAUCUACUGUUAAAGGACCUAAGACAUUCGUUACAGACGCACACACCAGCAACUCCACAACAAGCUCCAUCGUCCGUACAAUCGACAACGACCCAGGAUAACGCUCCGGCGCCCGCUUCUUUAUUGCCAGAUCCUGUUGCACUGGCCAAAAAUCUUCUGUUAAAGGACCUAAGACAUUCGUUACAGACGCACACACCAGCAACUCCACAACAAGCUCCAUCGUCCGUGCAGUCGACAACGACCCAGGAUAACGCUCCGGCGCCCGCUUCUUUACUGCCAGAUCCUGUUGCGCUGGCCAAAAAUCUACUGUUAAAGGACCUAAGACAUUCGUUACAGGACUGGAGUAUAACAGCUGCUGAGGUGAUACGACCUUCGACUUUACGGCAACAGCAAGACACAUCCUGUGCCACAACGCACAAUCCAAUGUCUGCUAAUCCGCAGUCUGUCAAUCCACAGUCAGUAAAUCCUCUGUCGGCGAAUCCGAGCUCGGUGAAAUCUCUGGAUGAACCAAAGUCUGUGGAGAAUAUGGAAAAGAAAAUUUUAAGCCCAAAUGAAGAUUAUAUAAAUUCGCUAGAUAACUUCCUUGUAAUCUGUGAUCAAAUUGAAACUGAUCUGAGUAGAGACGUGACCGGUGACGUCAAAAUGGAAAUGUAA